ACGAUUGGUUGGCAGUCUAGCAUAAUCUCACCACCGAUGAGCUAAGGUUUGUUCACCAUGUUGGAUCAACUGCACAUCAUAGUUGCCUUGUGAUCAAUAGUUUGAUCAUGUCAGUGGCAGCGGAGCGGCGUGGGCCCAAAGUGUAGAGCUUCAAGCGGGGGGCUUGCUCUUCUCCAGCGGACUCAUUCCCACCGUCACAAACGGAAGCACUACGUGCGGUAUUUGAGGACACGGACACCAAUUUGCUAGCUCCGAGCUGUCAGGUUGAAUACGACUGUUUUUGUUCUAGUCCAUGGUAUCUGGAUCAUUUAUCCUGCAUUCAAAGGAUUUAACUCCCCCCCGCAUUUUUAUUUUGUCUCCCUGGAUGUGUGCCUAUGAGACGACAGGGUGAAACAUAGACUACUAAACACAAAGCUGUCGAUGGGGGAAAUAAGUUGCCCGCCAGCCGUCUGUGAGGAUUUCUCAUCUUUUUCGAGUCAUGGUCGAAGCUUCGUAACUCGGUCAGAAUGACGGGGAUUUAUUUCCAGAUGCGCGCCUCGUUGGAUUGUUGUAUUAAUAUGUGAGUGGAGUUGAGGACCGAGGCCUGGGCCUGCGCUGUUCUAUUGUGGCCUGGGUUUGGAUACAGCCCCUGUGCACCGGAUCAGCAGCGUUAAUUACGGCUCGGAGAUUACCCCUGUUUGGUCUGCGCACACAUCACAAGGAGGAUUCAGUUUGGCAUAAUAGAUGUGAUUUCCAAGCCGUGUGCAGCCCCUGUGGUGGGAAGAGCAACGGCGCUGGACCAGAGCGUGUGGCAAACUUGGACACUUUGAAAAGAUGAAUGCGCUGCUUCCCAUGUGACAUGCUGUAGAUCACACGGUUCUAUCAAGACUGGGAAGCUGAAUUUCAUCAGGAGGGAGGGGGCGCCACCUCCAUAAUGAUGGACAUCUAGAGCCACCGACUUUUUUAUUUAUUGAGGGGGGUGCGGGUUAUUUUCUAUUCAAUACUUUUUAUUUAUCAUUGUUAGGAGUGGCACUGUUGGGGCUGUACACGUUUCUAGACUUGGGUGGUCUUUGCUGUACAUGCUCAGGAUAUGCUUUCCGUUAUUAGCCCCAGGCUACAGUAGCCCAAUGGUGUGCAAGCAAGAAAAUUAAUUUGGAGGAAGUGGGUCAGAUCCUUGUUGGCAUUAUGAUAAGGAGGCACACCGGAAUAGUUUCUCUACCCACGAAUUCAAAGUAGCAGGUGUUGGAUCAUUUAAACCGCCAAUCUGUUUCCAUUGCCUAAGUUUCAUCAGUAGCUAUUCUCCUCACUUCUUGAGGCAGGUUCUGGUGGGGAGCGUUUCAGAAUCAUUGAAUGGCUCUUUGCGGCACAACGGCUACAAAUGUUACACAAAUGAUGGCUGCUUACAACGGUGGCUCCUCAACAGUGGCUGCCCAUCACCCGCAUCACCACCACCAACUCCAGCACCUUCCGCCUCCCCACAUGCACCACCAUCACCAGGCGGGUCAGCAUCACUUGCAGCAUCCUGGCUCAGCCGCCGCCGUGCACACGGUCCAGCAACACAGCUCCACGGCUGCUGCUGCGGCGGUGAUGCUCAACCCCGGUCAGCAGCAGCCCUACUUCCCCUCUCCCGCCCCCGGACAAGCUCACGGGCCGGCGGCCGCCGCGGCUCCCGCUCAGUUUCAAGCCGCCGCUGCUGUCAAAACUCACCACCACCAUCACCAACACCACCACCACCAUCAGCAGCAACACACGCACCACCUACAGCCGCAGCUGGAUAUAGAACCUGACAGGCCCAUCGGCUAUGGAGCGUUUGGGGUUGUCUGGUCAGUGACAGACCCCAGAGAUGGGAAGCGAGUUGCCCUCAAAAAAAUGCCCAAUGUCUUCCAAAACCUUGUUUCUUGCAAGAGGGUAUUUCGGGAGCUGAAGAUGCUAUGCUUCUUCAAACACGAAAACGUGCUCUCUGCUCUGGACAUACUACAACCUCCACACAUCGACUACUUUGAAGAAAUCUAUGUUGUGACUGAACUGAUGCAAAGUGACCUCCAUAAGAUCAUCGUAUCACCACAGCCUCUGAGCUCAGACCACGCCAAAGUUUUCCUUUAUCAGAUUCUACGAGGACUUAAAUACCUUCAUUCCGCUGGCAUUCUACACCGAGACAUCAAGCCUGGCAACCUCCUGGUCAACAGCAACUGUGUGCUCAAGAUCUGUGAUUUUGGCCUGGCCCGAGUGGAGGAGUCGGACGAGUCCCGACACAUGACCCAGGAAGUGGUGACUCAGUACUAUCGAGCUCCUGAGAUCCUCAUGGGAAGCCGCCAUUACUCCAACUCCAUCGAUAUCUGGUCUGUGGGCUGCAUCUUCGCUGAGCUGCUGGGGCGACGCAUCCUCUUCCAAGCCCAAAGUCCCAUUCAGCAGCUGGAUUUAAUCACUGACCUGUUGGGGACUCCCUCUAUGGAAGCCAUGAGGACGGCGUGUGAAGGCGCCCGUACACACAUUGUCAGAGGACCUCACAAACAGCCAUCCCUUCCUGUUCUGUACACACUGUCUAGCCAAGCAACCCAUGAAGCUGUGCACCUCCUCUGUAGGAUGCUGGUGUUUGAUCCGUCAAAGAGGAUUUCAGCAAAGGACGCCCUGGCUCACCCUUACCUGGACGAGGGUCGUCUGCGCUACCAUACAUGCAUGUGCAAAUGCUGCUACACCACAUCCUCUGGCCGUGUUUACACCAGCGACUUUGAGCCCGUCACUAAUCCCAAGUUUGAUGAUGGUUUUGAGAAGAAUCUGAGCUCUGUGAGACAGGUCAAAGACAUCAUCCACCAGUUUAUUUUGGAGCAGCAGAAGGGGAGUCGAGUGCCGCUCUGCAUUAACCCUCAAUCGGCUGCUUUCAAAAGCUUCAUCAGUUCCACAGUGGCUCAGCCCUCUGAAAUGCCUCCAUCUCCGCUGGUGUGGGAAUAGCUGCUGCUGUGUGUCAUCAUCUUUCCCUGCUGACGAGCUGUUAAAGUGGGAACAAGAACCCGUCUCAACGUCUUCUAUCGUCUGCGUAGCAUUUCACUGGAGAGCAGGACUCACAGGUCUGCUGUGUGUAUGCUGAAAUAUGAAACAAAUGAAGAGAAAUCCACUGAUAAUUGCUUUAUUGGGGUGUAUUAGAGGAGUUUGGUAUGCAAAUGAAUGACAAAUGCUCUGUAGACCAAAUCAGAAUGUUUUAAACGAACUCAUCUGGUUACUUCCAGGUAGAUUUAACAGUUACUGUACAUUUGUUUUGCUAUAUAUAUAUAUAUAUAUAUUAAUAUAAAUUUGAAAAAAGAUGUCUAUUUUAACAUUUCUGUAAUCACAAAUGGAUUAAUUUCCCAAACAAUCAGUCUACUCUGCAUUAUUAUGCCCAGCUUCACCUCUGCACUGGUAAACUAAAUCCAACUUUGCUUCUUAUUCAGACAAUCGAUUGUAAUUGUGUCGGUCGGCUCAACGUUUUUCCAACUGAAAGCUCCCCAUAUUUUAUAAGAUGCACUCGGGCACAUUGAUAUUUUAACUUAUUAAAAAUGAGUUUUUACAUGCAUGUUCCCCUGGAUCCCCGGUGUUCCCCUGCACAUUUGGCCAUAGUUUUUACUUAUGUAACAAUUAGUUUGCCAAAGAUCCGGAGCCUCGUGUACAAAUGAUACAUAAAAGAUUGUGGGCAAAUUUGCAAGGUUUGGGAUUUAUAAAAUAUUAUCUGUCUGCACAUUUUCUACAUUAUGCUCAGUGAUGUGUGUAGAUGGACGGACAUGUCAGGCCACAUCUUAGGGGUUCAGUAUGUUUGAAUGUGGGCUAUGCGUCUGUCAGUCUUCUGGAUAUAUUUAGCUUUAAACAGAAGCAACGGCCAGUAUAUUAAUGUCUUGCCUAAUAUGGAUAAAUACUUUUGUUGUAUUUUUUACAUGAUGGUAGCACGUCGAAAUGUGAGAGGCACAUGCCCACUAGAGAUCUUUCAUUCCUUCUUCUUUCAAAGUGUCUCAUAUAUUCACACUGGAAUCUUUGCAUGUAGAGGCACAUCUGAUCAUUUACUGUAACGCACACACCACUGCACUUUUGUCUGUUUAUCCAAAUAUAACGGAGGUAAAUUAAUAGAAUGAAACUAAAUUGCAGCCUUAGAUGUAACUAUUUCUGGUUGUUGUCAGAGAACCUUAGAGUAUACACAAACCCACGGCGCCCUAAAGAGGAAAUGCAUACAGGAAUGUGAUUAUUAAGAUAUAGGUGAAGUUUAAUAUCAGUGUAAUAUCCAGGAAUAAGAACAAGGAACUGAGUGCAUGUCUAUGCUGUUUUGCGCAUGAUUUAAGUGAUGAAUGUAUGCAGACGUUUAUACAUGAGGCCCCUAAAUGUUUGUUUCUAAAUAUUUUCUGUAAUAUUCAGUUGAUCCUGUCCCAAUAUGUAAACAGCGUGUUCACAGUGGUCAGAUUAGCAAUUUCAGUGGAAUCUGCUUUGGUUUUUAGAUGAAGUGUUAUUUUGUUGAGAUGAUUCAGUGUUGAAGGUGAGGGUUUAAAUGCUUAUUUGCGUUUUACUUGAAGAACUAUUGAAUCUUUCCGUGAAUAGGAAAUAAGUUUAAAAAGGGAUCAGACUAAAGGCUCAUUCUACAAGCCCUGCUUUAAAAGAAAAAGACAACACAACUCAUCCGACUUCAGAAAGCUUGCAGUCACUUACUGUACUGACGAAGGGAAAAGAAGCAGAACAGGACAUUCUAUGAUGCUCCUCCUGACCCUCUGACCAGCCAGAGCACCUGUACUGCUAAUAUUCAGUUCAGUGCUGGUGUGGGGCUGAAUAGUAAUGUGAGAUGUGUUUUUUUUUAUGAAUGAAUGUGUGCUGUCUUCUUGUGUGCCUCCUAACUUCACUGGUGGACCGUAAGGUAACUAUUAACACACUCAGACAAACUGAGCCAAUUAUACCCCAAAGAAUAGGCAGAGAUUAUCCAGGAAUAAAACCCAAGACAGUCGAAACUGCACUGCACUGAAAUAUGUUGGUUUUCCAGAGCUCCCCCAUGACCUUGAACUGCUCUCUGUACAUGAAGCUUAAAUAGAGUUGAUUGAUGACCUCUGCAGCCUGUUGGCCUUUCUAGUGUUAAAGAAAAAUUCUGUUUUUCCACAACAAUGUGGGCCAUCCUUCCUGUUUGAGAACAUUUUACUCAACAGUUUGUGGAGUGAAACGUUGGUCAUGGCUCUGCAUAUCUAACAGGUGCUGAGCAGAGCAGCUGCGUCAGGGCAGCAACAUGUGCAAUCCAGUUCUGUUUGAUCAGAACAAUCUAACCCAGAAAGUUGAUGUGCAGGUGUGGACAGACCCACUGGUCUGUGGAGACACGUGGAUAAGUUGUACAGGGUUAGGGUUAAGCUGCAGGGUCGUCCAGAUGUUCUCCUAAAGGAUGGGGGGUGAAGGCCAACGCUUUGUCAAUCAGACCCAGAUUGUAAAGAAAUCCUUAAAAGUAUAAAAGCAUCGAGUGGCUGUGGUAGCUUAGUACAGGCCAGAUCCAGACUGCCCCUGGAGCCUGCCUGUGUAGAAACUGCUUGUUCUUGUCCAGCGUAUAAGGACAAAUGUUAUGAACAAAAUAUGAAAAUGAAAACAUACCAAGGUAAAGAAGCAGUUUAACCAGCAAUAUCAUUCUUUAUGGGUGUUAAUUCUUCGUUCUGUCUACUUGAAUAUAACAUACUAUUGACCGACUUUUUCGUCAUGGAUUGCAUUCAAGCAGCUCCCCUUAGAACGAAAACAAGUAGCAUAUGAAUGAUGUAUGAAUGAUGGCAUGGUCUCAUCUAUAUGGGUUUUUCUAAAUGCUAAUCCAAUGCUAAAGUGUGUUCCCGCUCCUCCUCAUACAUGUGCACUGUCUCCAGAAAAAAGAGCUUUGAAGUAAAUUAUUUAAUAUAUUUUUUAGAAUUGUUUUCUAUUCCUGUUCUUGUGUUCUAUGGCAUGCAUUAUUCGCACACAUUAAAGUAUGAUUAUGUACAUAUGUUAAAUAUAGAACAAAAUCUACACACCAACCUAAACAAAAGACAAAACCACUGUAUAGAAAUUGUAUUAGCCUGCACAUUUCUAAGGCUGUGAAGUUCAUUUUAUUUUUAAAACUUGCAUACAAAUGUAUAUAUUUUCUUGAUUUUUAUCCUGCAACUAGGAUCUGUAGAAGACGACAAAUCCUGUAAUGAUCCACAGAGUACUCAGUCAUUUUAACUGUAUCUUGUGUGUACAGCAGAGUUGUAGAUAUAUCUAAGGAAAGCCUUUUUUUGUUAUUGUUGUUAAUUAUUUCACCACAGCAGCACUGUGUGAAUAUGUAUAUAAAUGAUUCACCGUGUUGGUCUCUACCUCUUGAGCUCAAUAACUUGGCUUUGUUUACCUCCACACCUGUCUGAUUUCAUGUGGGGAUGAUUUGAAAACACUUGAAUAUCCAUUCAAGCUUUUAUACUGAAAUAAUAACAUGUACUGCUCCCCCUGCAGACUUUCCUGCACUAUCCAUGUGCAAAGCAUUCACCUGAAAUUUUGAAUCAUCAGAUGUUUGUAUUACUAAGUACUACCAAUAGCCAAGGGUUCCCUGACUGUUAGUCUAUUUUCACUCUUUGAUAGGAUAGGACCUUCUGUGCAGGGAGAGUCUCUGCUCUCACCACCGCGGCUGUGUUCAAAGCUCAGUGUCGACGACUUUUAGACUUUCAAAUAAUAAACUAACUUCUUGUUUUGUCUUAUUUUCAGGCUACUAGUUAGACUAGUGUUUCAGUAGUUCUCUGCAGGCUGUACUACACAGUGUAUGGUUGGGGUUCAAUAGAAUUUUAAUCAGAAUACAGUCUGGAAUUGUUUGCUUAACAUACAGUAUUGUAGAUAUAAGAUAUGUGAAAUGGUUUGCUAAUAAAAAAAUGAAAGUUCAA